AUGCCCACCCCGCGCUUCACCCUCAUCUUCUACGCCCCACUAACCGCCCUCGAGGCCUGCAAAACCGCAAUCUUCGCCGCCGGCGCCGGCCGCUACCCCGGCUCCGGCAACUACACCGAAUGCUGCUGGACCGCCGUCGGCACGGGUCAGUUCCGCCCCGGCGACGCCGCCAACCCCCACCUCGGCAAGCCGGGGGAUCUGGAGAAGGUCGAGGAGGCUCGCGUGGAGACGCUUUGCGUUGGGGAGGAUGUUGCGAGGAAGGCUGUUGAAGCUUUGAAGAAGGCACAUCCAUAUGAAGAGCCGGCAUAUGCUGUGCACAGGAUGGAGGACUUUUAA